AACCUGCACGUCAGUUCUGGGCGGAGGAGCACUAGGGACAGCAGGGAUUCUGCCUCUCUCCCCCCGGAGCGCGUUCCGGCCCGCCAAGCCCCGCUCACCAGGUGGCCAUGACCUCACUGCCGACUCAGGGCCCACGGGUCCCUGACUUAUUUUCUGGACUGCCACCGGCGGCCUCAACUCCCGCCAACCAGAGCGCAGAGGCCUCGGUGAGCAACGGGUCGGCGGCUGGCCCCGGCGGCGCGCAGGCAGUCACGCCGUUCCAGAGUCUGCAGCUGGUGCAUCAGCUAAAGGGGCUGAUUGUGCUGCUCUACAGCGUCGUGGUGGUCGUGGGGCUGGUGGGCAACUGCCUGCUGGUGCUGGUGAUCGCACGGGUGCGUCGGCUGCACAACGUGACCAACUUCCUCAUAGGCAACCUGGCUUUGUCCGACGUGCUCAUGUGCGCCGCCUGCGUGCCGCUCACGCUGGCCUACGCCUUCGAGCCACGCGGGUGGGUGUUUGGCGGUGGCCUGUGCCACCUGGUCUUCUUCCUGCAGCCCGUCACAGUCUACGUGUCGGUGUUCACGCUCACCACCAUCGCCGUGGAUCGCUACGUGGUGCUCGUGCACCCGCUGCGCCGCCGCAUCUCGCUGCGCCUCAGCGCCUACGCGGUGCUGGCCAUCUGGGCGCUGUCUGCGGUGCUGGCGCUGCCCGCCGCCUUGCACACGUAUCACGUCGAGCUCAAGCCGCACCGCGUGUGCCUCUGCGAGGAGUUCUGGGGGUCGCAGGAGCGCCAGCGCCAGCUCUACGCUUGGGGACUGCUGCUUGGCACCUACCUGCUUCCCCUGCUGGUCAUACUCCUGUCUUAUGUCCGAGUGUCGGUGAAACUCCGGAACCGCGUGGUGCCGGGCUGUGUGACCCAGAGCCAGGCCGACUGGGACCGCGCGCGGCGCCGCCGCACCUUCUGCCUGCUGGUGGUGGUUGUGGUGGUGUUCGCCAUCUGCUGGCUGCCGCUGCAUGUCUUCAACCUGCUGCGGGACCUCGACCCGCACGCCAUUGAUCCCUAUGCCUUUGGGUUAGUUCAGCUGCUCUGCCACUGGCUCGCCAUGAGCUCGGCCUGCUACAACCCCUUCAUCUACGCCUGGCUGCACGACAGCUUCCGUGAGGAGCUGCGCAAGCUGUUGCUCUCUUGGCCCCGCAAGAUAGCGCCGCAUGGCCAGAGCGUGACAGUCAGCGUGGUCAUCUGAUGCCACUGCAUCAGGCCUAGGCUGGGGAGCUCCGUGUCCGUCGGUCUUUGGGGGUGUUCACCCCAGGAUGGACUGGAGAGCUUAUUCUCAGCGGCAGAGCUAAGCCAAUACGGGCAAAACUUCCAGCCCAGCCCUGUUUUCCAGUUGUUUUGCCUCAUCCUUGCAUUUUUGUAAAAUGUUAAGUGGGCUUUUGUGGGAGUGCUGUGCUGGGAGAGGGAAGAGGAUUUGUUGUUUCCUCUUUAUGCCCCUGAAAGCCAAACAAAACUCUUUCUCGGGGUUCAAAACA